CUCGGUUCGCAACCGUUGUUCUAGUCGAAAAUACGUCGCGAAUCUGUUUGGUAAUAUGAAAAACUAUUUGAGGACGACCAAAUUGUGCAAUUUCGUUUUUCAAACAUUUUCAAUAUUUUUCUAAAAAAAGUGGGUCAAAGAAGUGAAAUCUUACUUUUACGCGCAACUUGCGAUUUACCGUUAGUUUACUCAAUGUGUACAUGUUGGAGUUUUGCUGGACUACUUUUGCUCUUUUUGCUACUUUGGUGAUGUGCUUCAAAUAAGAUUUUGAAAACCCCCCAAAAAAAAAAAAAAAUUACAAAAGAAAACAAAAAAGUUUUGCGUAUACUAGAAAUAAGUUCUAGUGUGGGACCUGCAAAAUGGCCGCACUUACGAUAUCCCGACGCCGAGAGGUAAUGCAAAAAGCCGGUUGGAAGAUCGACCAAAACGAUGAGGCAUGCUAUAUAGACAUUGAUGAACCCCAAGAAGAAGAACUAGCUGAAAACGAUAAUAACUAUUCAGAAUGGCAUACUUUACCGGAUAUACCGUUGGAAGAAAUCUUCUCAUAUUUAACCUACAGAGAACGGUAUUACGCUAGUUUGGUGUGUAAGCAGUGGUACAACGCUUUCUAUCUGCCCCUGGUAUGGAGAAACUUUCUGGUCGACGAUCGAACACUCACUCGCGCCAAAUACAACUAUUACUCGGGUUGGCAAUAUUGUUUGGAUCACAUACGAACACAGAAUUGUCUUUCACGGGUUGGAAAAUAUCUGCGCGGCCUAGAAUUCCGACCGGAGCAUAGCUUCAAUAAUAUCUUUCAAUUUAUGACAAUGCUUUCAUGGAGUAUGGACAAAGGUUCAGAUGUGAAAGCACCAAAGGAUCUCAAGAAUGUUGGCUCACGCAUACGCUCGCUCGUCUAUGUGUUUCCCUGCAAUAUGUCGCAAGCCAACGAUCCGGAGGGUAUUAAAUUAUUCGGCACUGGUGGCCAACUGCUCAAAGGUCUCAAGGAGCUCUUGUCCAAGUUACGUAAUCUGCGUACAUUGAAAUUAAUCGAUUUCGUGUUGGAACGUUUCGAGGCGAAGCAUUUGCUCGACGAGGUGCUGGAAGCGUGCUGCACGAAGAUGCGCGUGCUGAAUCUGGUGAAUGUCACAACCACACACUGUCCCAUAAUGCAUGUGGGGCUGUUUAUCAAUCUGCAGAUUCUGACAAUUUCGCCACAAAACAUCGACGAUGACGCGUUGCUGCUUUUGGCCGAUACCAAAUUGAAGCAUUUGCAUUUGUUGCAAAACCGUUAUACUUCCACCCACCUCUCGAUUUCGCCAUGUAGCGUGAAGGCGUGGCGGCAGUUGAAACGUGAUAAUCCGCGGCUGAAGGUGCAUCUGCGCGUAGAAUCAAUGGGCGAUGGCGAAGUUGUGUUCCAGCCGGAAGCGCCUGUGUGCAGCGUCACUUACGAAUCACCAAAGUCAAAGAUCAAAACCGAUUUUGUCCUACGCAUGGUGGACCACUAUAAAAAUAAACUCAGCGUUUACGGCUAUGAGAUGCUGCCGCGUUUUACCAGCCCCAAGCCAUUUCACAAUCGUGUCGACAGCCUUAUGCUGCUAAUCGCCCGGCAAUGCUUCAAUCUGCACACCUUAUUCGUACGCGAGAAAGUGUCCACCUCCACAGUGCUGCUGAUCGCGCGUACCGCAAAGAAUCUGCGUCGUCUCCACGUACGUCGCUUUGCGGUCAUCAUACGUUGCGAUUGGCCGCGACAUCCCGAAUGGUCCGAUGAGUUCUAUUUAUGGCUGCGGCACACGUCACGUUCCUAUGAGGCGGUGGAACGUGAAGUGUCGCAAAUGCUCGGCUACAAGUGGCAUUUCCUAAGUGACAGCGACUACAAGCAGCUGCAGGUGGACGUGCAAAUAGCGCCGUGAGGCGAGUGACGUGUAAAGUGUGAUAUUAUUGCUCAAAUGCAUACGCAUAGCUGUUAUUUGUUUUCUAUUUAUUU